UCGCCAUGUCAAGAUCGUGAAAGUAUUUCAUUGUUUUGUUUGAUUUGUUUGCCAAUAUCUCGCCCUAGACCUUACGUGAAAAGAUCUCAUCACCAACAUUAAAUAUUUGGUUUACUGUAACUGUACAAAAUGGCAGAGUUGACAGUUUCCACGCCGAAGAAACAUCAUUUGCAAGAUCGAUGUGUUUUGUGUGGGAUGGUGUUUUGUAAUGUUGAAAUAACGCCUUCUGGCAGAAAAAUAAAAACGAGCGUGAACAUGAACAAAAAAUUGAAAAUAACGAAACAAACAGUUGAUGAUCUGCAUUUAGUUAUUGAUAUGGACCUGACCUCAACAGAUGCUACUGGGAUUUGCAUUAAGUGCAAUCGACUGGUGAAAGGGGUAGUUGAAAAAUUGCAAAUUAUUAAACAGACCCUCAACGAAUCCAUUGGUUAUAGUCGUAAAUUAACUGUGAAACGUCUGCUGUGGUCCCCUUCAAGUUCCAGUACAACACAACAACCUAUGAAAAAAGUAUUCAGUCCUAAAGUGCAACUGUGGCCUAAAACAAAAUUGAAGAGUGCAUCGGAGUUACAGACCAUGAUUAUCAGUCCAUAUGGAAAAUCAGGCAAUGUUCUGCAAGAGCCGUCGGGCAACACAUGUACACAGCUUUCAACUGGUGAUAAUGCAGUAAGGCAGAUGGCAACAACAACUGAGGCAUUGCUGCAGUUUCACAGACCUAUAUUGCCAGCCAUUUCAGAACAACCAAACAUCCCAAAUGUUAUUACAGAAACAUCCGACAAGCAAACGAAAGCAAGAAAGUCGCUGUUCUCCCCUGUCUCUGGACAAGCAACUGAUAAAAAAGGACCCAAAGUAGAGAGUUUCCAGGAUUUUAAAGUUCACCCUGUAUCACAGAAAGAAAUAACCAUUGGUGAUAACAGUAUACUAUGAAAGUGGAAAGAGGACAGUUGUCAUUGAAAACAAAGACCAUAUAAAAAUGUGUAAAGUCAUAUUCUACCAAAAAAAUGUUGAAAAGGGACUUAUGGAGAUUUUAGAAACAACCAGCA